AUGGCGACUUAUGUACAUUCAGCCAAAUUAUUAAAAGUGCCAAAAAUAUACAAUGCUCUAAUUACGUCGAAAGAAAAAAUAUUACCGAGCGAAGCUUAUCCGGGAACUACGGGACCGAUUUUUCAACCCAUCGGAUUACCUCUUCAAACAUUAUACUUACAACCACCCGUUUUAGUCGACGGAAUAGGAAAAAAUGAUAAUUUAAAUUCGGGAAAUGGUGAAAACGGCAAAGUACCGUCGGGAAAAUCGAAAAUUCUUCAACCCGUUACAUUUUAUCCCAGUCGCCAUUUGUAA